UUUUAGCUGACAUGUCACGAAUGAAAUAUCUGAGAAAUCUCGAUAUAUCACGUGAUAUAGAUCGCUAUCGUGAGCUGAUAUGAUUGACAAUGGUGAUCCGUUGAAAAACCAAGACAUCAAUAGCAUCAACAUCCCAAUUUGCGCGACAGCAGAAACUUACGACCGCUCACGACCAUUGCGCCCCAUCCCUCAGACGAAACGGCGAUGGGAAUCCCCUGAAAGAUACAAUAAUACCUGAGACUUUCGCCUCAAAGCCUCAAUAACCAACCUUCAGACGCUGUCCCACGCAUCUCCUUGCGCCCGCCCAACAAAGUCGAUCCUGCAGCACAGCUGCAGCUCCCCGAACAGCACGAACAAGUCUCAUUGACACGAAUAACUGAAACACAGAUGACGCACAGCCUACCUUAAAAAAUCCCAUACGGACAAUAGACGCCGUCUGAAGCGCCUGGCAUUGACGAAGACAUUCCCUUUCACUCUGCCGAUUUCAGGUGGACAUUUAAGCGGUGACGACCCAGAAAGAUAAAAGCAACCCUCCACGCUCCUCCACGAUCCGCCAGAACAACCCACCGGUUGAAGAUACCACUUUCUGGAUACAUACCCUUGGAACGCAAACCGAUCAGUCCGCCAGCUACAUCGCGCUCAUUGUCGCCCUCGCUAGGCAUCCUACAUAUACCCUCGGCGACCAAAAACAAACUUCACCCCGCUACGAUAACGCCGUGCCACAGACGCCCUCUCGCUGCCGCCGGUCCACUUCCCUCACCUAGAUGACCGCGUGGAUGCCUCCGCCUGUCAACACACGAAAACGACCAGCGCCCGGUGCGUCCCCCGUCCCGAACCUCGCCAUGCAGAACCAACCCUUCCCGCCGCCGCAGCAGGCUCCGAACGAGCAGUAUAUGAGGUGGAACCAGGGCGCGGCUGACAACGCGGUGUUCUCGGAUAUGAAUUUUGGAAUGGCGCCGUAUGGCACGAAUGGGGUGUCGAAUGCGCCAUUCCAGCAGGCACAGUCGACGCAGCUUGCGAGGCGGCCGAUGAACCAGCACUUGGUACCGACGGCGUCGCGGACACAGUUUGAUAACUCGAAUGAGUGUGGAUUGACCGAAGAGUUGUUUGAUCCAAAUGCGCAGAUUGGAGGGCACGCCGAGAAUGAUAGUAUUGAACGGCUCGAGGAGAGAGCGCAGGUGGCGAAGAGGGAGGCACAAGCGAAGCGGAAACAGAUCCCGCCGUUUGUGCAGAAGUUGAAUAGCUUUGUCGAUGAUGCCAAGAACGAUGAACUCAUUCGCUGGUCGGAGCGGGGCGACUCAUUCGUCGUGUUGGACGAAGAUGAGUUUGCGAAGAACCUGAUUCCGGAACUAUUUAAGCACAACAACUAUGCGUCAUUUGUGAGGCAGCUGAACAUGUACGGCUUCCACAAGCGCGUGGGCCUGUCGGACAACUCGAUGAAGGCGAGCGAGCGAAAGAACAAGAGUCCGAGCGAAUACUACAACCCAUACUUCAAGCGCGGCCAUCCGAACCUCCUCUGGCUCAUCAAUAAGCCCAAGACCCCACAGAAGAAGAGCAAGGGUGGCCAGACGAAGCAGGAGGAUGGCGGCGCAGAGGAGAGUGACGAUGAUAACCGCGACGGCGUGGAGGAGACAUUCAGCGGCGGAUACGAACACCCCAACACUGUCCGCGCACUGUCUGCCGCGCCCGACAAUGGGCAGUCCGGCGGCACUGUCGCGCUCACGGUCGUUCAGAAGCAGCUGCGCGACAUCCAGCAACAGCAGGGCAGUAUCUCGAGCAUGAUAGCGCGACUGCGCAAGGAGCACAACGAUCUAUACUCGCAAGCCGUCGCCUUCCAGACCCUGCACGACCGUCACGAGUCAUCGAUUAAUGCCAUCCUCACCUUCCUCGCGACAGUCUACAACCGCAGCCUUGAUGGCCAAGGAGGCCCGAAUAUCACACAGAUGUUCGCCAACUCGCAGGAUCAGCAUCAUUCAGGUUCCGUCGUUGAUCUGGGGAACGUGAAUUCUGGUCAGCCCAAUGCGAGUCCCAUCCGCCACCAACAACGUCUCAUCAUGCCUCCGCCGUCUGCAGACGGUACCUCUACCACCCAAUCAACCGUAUCGACUGGGAAUUACCGCCUAACCUCCCGACCCGGCGCCAUCGAAGAACUCUUCGAGCCGUCAACCACCAACUCUCCCCCUCUUAAACCCGAAUCCUCCUCGCCCGCUACAAACAACAUCAUCGAGCUAAUCAACUCCACCAACGCCAACGCACCGCAAAACCGCGACAUGGCCUUCCCCGACGCGCUCCACCACUACGAGAACUCCAACGGCGCCUCGCCCCUCUCCCCCGCUCAGCGCGCUGAUGUUCUCCGCGCCAUGGCGAGCAACAGUGCGCCCGGCAUGGAUGCCCUCGCGCCGCCGCUUGCGCCACCGCAGAGCCUCGCGCAGAUGGGCUACACGGACUCUGAACUUGAGGAGCUGGCACGUAUGCAGCGUCAACAGGACGGGCGGAUUGAGGAGGUGGAGAAUAUGCUUAGUCCGUUGACGCCGCGGCUUGGGGGUGGUCCGGAGCCGGGCGCGGAUGCGUAUUUUGGUGAUGCGACGCAGGGGAGCAAUCUUGACCUCGAUAUGUAUCUUGAUCCUGGGGCGUACUAUGGGGAUCCGGCGACUGGGGAUGUGGGUGGUGGGGUGUUUGGGGGUGGGUAUGGUGAUGCGUUUGCAGAUGGGGGAUUGGAUUUUGGAGAUACGGGGACGGGGACGGAGGUUAAGGAUGAUGGGGCUGGGGAUGGGAAUGAGGGGAGUCCGAAGAGGAGACGGAAGCAGUAGUGUGUGUGUGUGCACUUUUUGGCGGGAAAUUUUGGGGGAAACUGGAAAAAUUAGAGGUUUUUGGCGCGAUAAGGGGGGGGAUUAUAGGAGGCAGCGAUACAGUUGGAAGCGAAAAUCGGGAUGGGAAUGCGUAGGCAUGCAUGGGUUAACGAAUCGAAUGGCGGAUGCAAUUGCAGGUAUAGAAAGAAGUAAUGAAUAAAUACAAAUGAAAUAGC